AUGAAAAGCGACCGAAAUCAAGAGGGAAAUUAUGCACAGAAAAAAAUCAACGAUCCAGUCGUGGAAUAUCUAAAAAAGCUUUGUUCAAAAUCUAGUUUAAAAAGCAAUCAAAGCAUGUUGACACGUUACUUUAGAUAUGAAGCAUUAAAGUACGUCUGCAAAGAAAAGCUGUGGCCACUAGGUGGAGUUUGCUGGCAGUUUGCCGCCUGGCUAGCCAAAGAACAUCAACAACAUCAAACGAUUGGAAACGUAGGGACGAGAGUACGUGGAGACGAUUCGCCUUUAAUACAUUUGAAUUAUUAAAUAAGAUUAAACUUCAUCAAGUAAUCACGACAAACAUCAUCCACAAAGCUUCUUCGUUAACGGUAUUGAGGUAGGAUAGGACAUGAGUUUGACAGCUGAUGAUUUUU